AUGACUGAAAAAGAAUGCGAAAAUGGCGGACAAGUGCUAAACCUUCAGUGUACAAGUGCAUGGCAGUGUAAUUCUGGCUAUUUGGGUGCUGAUGGUGAGGUUGAUUGUAUCAAUGGAUAUUGUUGUACGGUACCAGAAAAAGCUACUCCAGUGCCUAGCCGAAGAUUUGGUCGGUCUCAUUUAUUUUUUUGUUUGAUUCACACAGAUUUGUAUUGA